UAAACGUUUGCCUUGCAACAGUCUUCGCCGAGCGGUUGAAUCCUCUGGUAGUGUUCAGUUCAUAAGGAGAGCGUGUCAGUUUUUCACAUGAUGCUGUUUGGAGGUGUUCAAGUGUCCCGUGUACCGGGUGCUCCGUUGUUCUUUGUGUUAUUGUGGAUUGGACAUGUUUUUGGGCUAGAACCAGUAAGUAGUACCCAGAACACAUCUUCCCUACCCGAAUCACCGCAUUGUGGCAUUCAGCUGGGUGAUCGGGUGCUCAGUGGGCAGUCAACGCAAAUCGACGAGUUCCCAUGGACGGCACUGAUCGAGUUCCAGAAACCGGACGGUAGUUUUGGCUUCCACUGCGGAGGAUCGUUGAUCAAUGACCGGUACAUCGUGACAGCAGCCCACUGUAUUAAAUCCAUUCCACGCGAUUGGAAGGUCCAACGGGUGCGUCUUGGUGAGUGGGAUUUGACAUCGGCAAACGAUUGUCAGAAUGAGUUCUGUUCGGAUGCACCGAUCGAUCUGGACAUUGAGCAGAUUGUUGUCCAUACCGGUUACGAUACGAAGGAUAAGAGCAAUGCGAACGAUAUCGCGCUAAUACGCUUCACCCGGCCGGUAAACUACUCACAAACCGUGCGGCCUAUCUGUUUGCCCCUGAGCAGCUCACUUCGCAACCGUAGCCAUGAUGGGCUGAUCAGCUACGAGGUUGGCUGGAGGAAAACCAAUUCGGCAACGGCCAGCGAGAAGAAACUGAAGGUCGAGGUUGAAAUCAAAAGCCUGCAGGAGUGUGCGCCGAUUUAUGAGCGGAAUGGUAUCUUGCUGAAACAGACCCAUAUGUGUGCCGGUGGCGUUCGUAGCAAGGAUACGUGCAGCGGUAACUCGGGCGGCCCGCUGAUGCGACAGAUGACCGGGUCGUGGUAUCUGAUCGGUGUAAAUAGCUUCGGACCGCGCAAGUGCGGAACGUUCGGUGUGCCCGAUGUGUACACGAAUGUGGCGGAGUAUGUGGACUGGAUAAAGGACAAUAUCUACUAAGAGGGAUCAUCACAGGAGAAACGCGAAUUGCAAUCUUUUGGAACAGGAGUUAUCAAUCAAAAUUGAGCACUCCACCAUUACAUUACAAAAAAAACUAAAUAAACAAUGUACUAUCAACAAUCGGUAUAAGAUGCAAAA